UCUCCUCGUCCCACUCUUCUGCCCACCCUACCCCUUUCCCAGAGAUCCAGGCUGGAAAGCUGAGGUGCCUAGCCCCAAUCCCCACAGACUGGCAGAGGCCUUGGAUGAUGAAGACAGUAGCCCAUGCGCCUUUGCCCUUCAAGUGGCAUGGUCCUGGCCUGGCACCUGUUUGCGUGCAGCAGGAGUCAAGCAGCCACCUGCUUCCCCAGAGGAAUCCAGCCCCAGGCCCUGUCUCUGCACCACCCCCUUUCUGGUUCGGACACCAAUAAGAUACGCAGAACUGCAGUAAGUUGUUUCUGCCCAGCAGGAUGAGGCUCAGCUCAGCCCUUUGAGGGGCCCAAAAGAGCCCCAGAAAUGGCCCAUCCUAUACGAGCCAUCAAGGACCCUGACCUUGCCGUGAGCUGCCUACCCUGGAAACCUCGACAGCUGAGAAGCAGGGCUUGGCCAGCAAAAGCAGAGCCCCUGGGCCACACCCACACAGCCACACCCAGCAGCCACGUACAGUUGCUGAGGAAGAGCAGCACAGCGAAGCCCAGCACGGAGGUGGCCAGCAGGAUGAGGCAGGCAUUGCAAGGGAUCAUGAAGUACCGCACCAGCACGGAGACACCCGGCUGCGGCCCGGGUCGGCGCUCCAGCAGCAGUGGUGGCAUGGCCCGGCUCUGCCUGCUCUGCUGUGUGGGUCCUCACGGAGCGCCCUUAGUCCUCAAUAGGGCUACUCCACCCAUACUGGGUCCUGGGGCAGCGCCACUCUCAAAGUUCCACCCCAGCCCCAGCCUGGGAGGCUCCAGGCCCUCUCCAGCCCUCCACUCGCAUCCCCGGAGGUGUGCAGAAUUGUCCGCGGGUAGAAAUCCCCAAGGUGGGCUCGGAGACAGACGGAGGAGGACGCAGGGCUGUGCCACCCCGGCCAGCCGACACCAGCUGGCUCCUUCCCCACCCCGGACAGAGCUUGGCGCUGGAGCAGCGGCGGGACUCGGGAGCAGGGCCUGGCGGCGCGCGCCUGGCAAACGGGAGCGCGGUGGAGCGCGGGCGGUGCGGCGCGCGGAGAAGAAAGGCGGCAGCAGAGGCACCCCGCCCCGAAGCAGCUCCUCGCCCUCCCCAGGCCGAGGUGAGCAAACAUGCAAUUGAGUCACAUGCAAAUAACUGCCAGAACUCCCACUGAGGUCCCAUGGGCGUGGCACGCCCCCAGGAGGCCACCCUGGGAACUCAAGAGUCGCCACACCCCUGGGGGCCAGCUUCAAGCCUGGGUGAGAUCUCCCUUUGCCUGGCCCUGCCUGGAUCCAGCUCCCUGCAACCUUGGGUAUCCCAUUCUGCCUCCACCAUCCCCACGUCCACCCUCCAUGGCCGGCGUCACCACGUGAUCAUCUCUACAGCCAACACCAGCAACACCCCACCUUCACUACCUGCAGUCUUUUUCUCUUUGCAGUUCCCCCUCCCGCAGUACUGAUAAGUGAACCUAGGGCUUUCACACUAAACUAUACCAUAAUCCCUAACUCAUUUAUUUCGAGACAGGAUCUAACUAAAUUACUAAAUUGCACAGGCUGGGCUGG